AUGGAGCCCGUUUCAGUCAAUAUCCAGAUAGCGGUCGUAUUUGUCGUCUUUACUACUCUCCUUUUCCUUAAAAUAUAUACGAUCGGUAGUCGGGGUAAAGAGCUCCCACCUGGCCCUAAGACAGCCCCUAUUCUAGGAAACGCACUGGAUUUCCCUACUUACUUUCCUCAUAUCAAAUUUUCGGAAUGGGCUCGUGAGUACGGAGAAAUUUACUCGCUUAAAGUUUUGAACGGGACGAUAAUCGUUCUUUCUUCUGCGCCGGCUAUUAAAAGUGUUCUCGAUAUCAGUGGACUGAAUACAGGCAAUCGGCCCGAGUCUACUAUAAUACGGCGGGUCACUAAUGGCGAUGUCCAAGCACUAGAGGAUAUGGAUAGGCCCGCUUGGAGGCGUAGUCGAAAGGCUAUGCACACUUUUAUCACAGAGUAUAUUCUAGGGUCACACGUCGAGAUUCAAGACGCCGAGUACUCUCAGCUUAUGAACGACAUUCUUGAAGAUCCGAAGAACACUUUUCAGCACAUCAGUCGAAUGGCUGUAGGUGUGCUAAUCACAACUCUUUACGGAUCCAGGGUUCCGAAAUACCGGGGUUCAGAAGCAGAAACAUAUUUCCGCGGAGUCAAAUUGAUGAACAAAGUUACUGACCCCGGGGCUCACCCGCCAGUUGAAAUCCUAUGGCCGCUGAAAUAUGUCCCGAAACGUUGGGCGUACUGGAAGCGACUCGCCGACAUGACGCGGGAGACCUGCGCCCAAGUCUUUGAUCCGCUUUAUAAGCAAUGUGAACGCGCGAUAGAGCUAAAUAAGAAAACUGGAUGCUUUAUCGAGUAUUUAAUUCUGAAUCAGCAACAGCUAGGUAUGCCACACCGAGAGAUUACUGGGUUAGCCGAGGGCCUGAUGGAUGCCGGCGCCGAGGCUACCGCUUCGUUUCUUCAAAGCAUCAUAUUAGUUCUAAUCAACUACCCCCACGUUCAAGAAAAAGGUCAAAAAGAGAUUGACAGCGUCGUUGGAGGUGAUCGAUGGCCGACUUUGGACGACUACGACAAGUGUCCGUAUAUUCGCGCAAUUGUUGAAGAAAUAUUCCGAUUUAGACCAGUUUUCCCCGUAGGUAUUCCGCAUAGAAGCGCGAAGGAGACUUACUAUAAGGAAUACCGUAUUCCGGAGAACUCAGUCAUCUUCAUGAACGUAUAUGGGCUAUUUCAUGAUCCGGAUUUAUACGAUGACCCAGAGACAUUUGAUCCCGAGCGAUUCCUGAAAUCCCCUUUUGGGACGAAAAAGGGGGCAGAGACAGGGGCAUAUAGGAAUAAUCUUGCGUUUGGAGCUGGACGGCGGAUUUGCGCCGGAGAGGAACUGGCUCGUCGAUUGAUCGCACAGAAUGUGAUGAACUUCCUUUGGUCAUUCGACUUUAAAAAAGACGGUUCCGGAACAGGGGGCAUGGAUAUUGAUUCCUAUUCUAGGCCGGGUAUCGAGCUUGCGCCGAAGCAAUUCACGUGUGAUAUUACGCCACGAUCUAGUGCUAAAGCAUGUGCGAUUAAGGACCAGUUUGGAAAAGCAUUUCCAGUUAACGUCAAUGGCUCUGCAGGGGAAGUUACAGGGUAG